UAGGAUAAGGGUACUGGGAUAAGGUAAGGUACCUGCCAAAUACUCCCAAAUACUCCCCCGUAACUGCCAGCUUGCCCACCACCUCCUGCGAUCUGCGGCACCACACCCUUCCGACCUUGUGUCAAAACAUUUCUAACCCUUAUGCAACGCAGCAACGCAACUCCCUUCUACAACUUCUUCUACUCCUACAUAGUUGCGUCGCUGGCAGGUCCUUCCAGAAUAAUAUCCAUACCAUACCUAAUCAAUUUUUUAUCUUCAUCAAAAUACUAACGCCUCCUAUUCCUUUAGCUAUCAACUACUACAUCGCCGAUAUCCUCCCAAUCCCCCAACCCCCCCAACUGGUUAAAUCAAAAUUGACAUAUCGAAAUCGCCAAUCAUGGCUGCUCCGGGUGUUCAAUCAUUGAAGUGCGUCGUUACGGGUGAUGGUGCUGUCGGAAAGACAUGCCUUCUCAUUUCAUAUACAACAAAUGCCUUCCCUGGUGAAUACAUACCCACGGUUUUCGACAACUAUUCAGCAAGCGUGAUGGUCGAUGGCAAACCCAUCAGCUUGGGACUAUGGGAUACUGCUGGUCAGGAAGAUUAUGAUAGACUGCGACCGCUCUCCUAUCCCCAAACCGAUGUAUUCUUAAUCUGCUUCUCCAUUGUGAGCCCGCCUUCGUUUGAUAACGUUAAGGCCAAGUGGUAUCCUGAAAUCGACCACCACGCGCCCAACAUUCCCAUUAUCCUAGUUGGCACCAAGUUGGAUCUUCGAGAGGACCCCGCCACCCUGGAAAGCCUCCGAGCCAAGAGGAUGGAACCCGUGUCGUAUGACCAAGCCCUGGUCUGCGCAAAAGAGAUCCGUGCCCACAAGUACCUCGAGUGCUCAGCCCUUACGCAGCGAAACUUGAAGAGCGUAUUCGACGAGGCCAUUCGUGCUGUCCUAAACCCUCGACCUAUCCCCCAGAAAGGUGGAACUAAGAAGAGCAAGUGCACAAUUCUAUAAACGGCACAUAUCAGCAUAUAUCAUUGCUUUUGAAAGUUUUGAAAUUUGGUCGAGCAAGCCAGAAAGUUUUUCGAAACGAUGAAGGCGUUUUGGUGGACAUAUAGGAAAGACUAUCAUCCUCCAUGAGGAACCGACGUAUUCAGGCAUCUUCAAGUUGGCCGACUACCCAUAUUUCGCGUCCCCUCAUUUUGAAAUCUACAUACCCAGACGUUUUUUGGUGGCCGUUUUUGUCGCAGGCCAUGGUAUUCGACCAGAAGAGAGUUAGGGGGGAAGGAUCAAGUUGUAAAGUCGAAAGCCGUUAGCGAGGAAUUGGGAGCGUACGUGAGCCUGCGAGUACCUUAUUUUUUUUUUUUUUACAAGAAAAAAAAAAAGAGUUCUGGCACGCUGCCAUCUGGUAAUACUCUUUACAAUCUUGGCCUUCCGGCGAGAUUGGACAUACGGGUAACCGGGAUUAAAUAUUUCAUGGAAAUCACCCUUCGUACUAGACGGCAGCAAGAGUCACAAUUACCCCUCAUAGCAUAUUCAACUCGCCUUUUCACAAUUCUGUAGAUAGCAUAUUUGCGAGAAGAAUCAAAUUUUCACGGCAUGUCCCCCCAAGCAUGGUAUU